UUGAGAAAAGCCUGAAAUCCUGGAGCUGACGAUGACAUUACUGGGAAGAGCAGAUGAAGAGGCUUUCCAGAGCCAAGACCAGCCUGUAGAGAGUCCGUGCGGCUCAGACAGGCAGCAGGGAGCCGGAGAGGGCCUGGAAGAACCCACCGCAUGCGGGAGCAAUCUGUGCGAAUUCAAGCCAGGGGCGGCGCAGAAGGAAGCCCACGCGGACCAAGGUCCAUGUAAACCUGCAGACCAUGGGCCAGGCGCCCAAAUGGAGCAGCUAUCUCCCCUGCCCCCGAGAAUCCUGACAGGAGAAAAACCCUAUAACUGCGCUGAGUACAAGGAAAGCUUCUGCCUCCAGCCCAGCCUCCGGAAGCACCAGCUGUCUCAUGCCGGACGGGGGGCUUACGUCUGUGCUGAGUGUCGGCAAAGCUUUCGGCUGAAGAGGAGCCUUCUAACACACCAGCGAACCCACAUGGGGGAGCGCGACGGGUCCUUCAUUUGUACCGCCUGGGGGAAGAACUUCGGCUGCCACCCGGAGUUCAUGCGCCACCAGCGGCUGCACGGCGUGGUGCACCGGUACGAGUGCCCCGAGUGCCCAAAGAGCUUCCUGCAGAAGCGGCACCUUGCGGAUCACACGCGGCUGCACUCGGGCGAGCGGCCUUUUCCAUGCCCGGUCUGCGAGAAGACCUUCAGCGAGUAGUCCAACCUCAACAAGCACUGCCGGAUCCACACCGGCGAGCGGCCCUACCACUGCGCCCAGUGCGGCAAAAGCUUCAUCCAGAAACACCAUCUUCAGAAGCACCUGCGCGUCCACGGGGGGCCGAGGCUGCAGCAAUGGGGGACGUGGGGGGAUGGCUUCCCCGUCCCAGCUCCCCAGGCAAAUCCGGCUGGGGAGAGAGACUAUCCCUGCAUCAAAUGCUUGGAGAGCUUCACUCAGAAGACGUCCCUGGAGCAGCACCAGCGAAUGCUCACCCAGGAGAGGCCCUUUCAGUGCACCAAGUGCAACAAAAGCUUCCAGCACAGGCAAUCGCUGAACAGCCAUCAGAAGAGCCACAUUCCCUCCAGGGGUUCACCCCGCCACGGGCAGGGGACGGAGACAGCCCCCUAGCAGGGGAAAGGCUGAAAACAGGCAGUAGCACAGUGGGCUGGCAGUGAAGAGGAGGCAAUAUACAGGCUGUUUCCUUCCCCAGAAAUACAGCAAUGCAUUCCAUGACAGGCCCAUACACUCUAUAAUAGCA